AUGUCGGCCACUUCGACCAUGAAGACCAUUCUCAUUGUAGGAGCAACCGGUGGCAUCGGCGAAUCUUUUGCACGACGCUUCCACUCCAUGGGAAAGAAAGUCAUCGUCACCGGUCGUCGGGCAGAGCGUCUACAAGCACUCAAGUCUGAGCUCCCAGGCCUCGAAACCUAUACCAUGGACAACACCGACAUUGGCUCGCUGCCCGCUCACGUCAAGACUCUCACAACGCAAUAUCCCGACAUCGACACUGUUUGGGUGAACAGUGGCAUUCAAUUUGUCUUUGACUUCAAGACCGCAGCCAGCGUCGAAGACGACGCAAAGGUCAGCCGAGAAAUCACGACCAACGUCACCGCACCCAUGAUCCUAGCACGCCAUUUUGUGCCCUUCCUCCUCAAACGCCCAGAUCACGGAACCUUCAUGAUCACAAGCUCCGGUCUCGCAUUCGUUCCCAUGGGCGCCUUCCCGAUUUAUUGUCCGACAAAGGCAUUCGUGCACCAUUUCAUGGUCGGUCUACGCCAGCAACUCAUUGGUACUAAUAUCACUGUCAUCGAAAUUGCACCACCCUAUGUCGCCACGGACUUGGACGCCGCGCACAAGCCUACAGAUAUUCCAGCGCCAAUGCCACUGGCCGAGUACACCGAUAAAACGUUUGAGAUCCUCAAUGGUAAGCCGGCGACAGAAAUAAAAGAGGUUGGUGUGGGAUUCGCUGCCAUGGGCGCUGAAGCAUGGAGAGGUGCCUUUCGGGGCAUCCUAGAGCACAUGAAAUUAGGCGGUUAAGUGUGGAUGCCACUUGGAACUUCC